ACUGAACGAAUGUUGAAUCUCUCGAUGGUGUGGCUGUGGAAAUCCUUGAAGUAAUCGGCGAAGAAGCCAAGUGAUUGCAUAUAUUGUAAAGUGAAAAGCGAGUAAGUGGUGCGAGAGUGAUUUUCUGCACUGAUUUUCAUACACUCUAGCAGUGUGUGGCAAUUGAGUUGUUGCAUUUUUCGUAUCAAUUGUGUGCUGUGUGUUAAAUUGUUAUGCAACAAUCCUCGCUGUGAGCAGAAGUGGAAAUAUACAAUCUCAGCAAGUAUUCCCAGCAACAGUGCACUGCAAGGAAGAAGGCUGGAGGACAUUCUCGCCCAGGCACAGCCGGGGAGAAUCAUGUAAUUCCCCAAUCAUCGCCGCAAAUCCAGCAGGAGACCGAAGUCGAAGACUAAACUUACGUCACGCGUUGUGUUAAUGUGAAAGUUAAGCGCACAAGAGAGUUGGCGCUUUUAGUAAUAUACCAUCCACACCGAGAGCCGAUCUACUGGCCAACAGUCCUCAGCUGAAUCGCGUGCCUUCGGAGAGUUUGAGAAGAGAUGGAGAGACUGUUGCGAUGGCUGCUGAUGCUGACGAUCUUGGCGGCUUUCCUGGCCAUUCACACGGAUGCAGUGAAGGCAACGUCCCUCAUCUUCGGCAAGACAUCAACCACCAGCACAGAAGCUCCACUUGAGGAGGAUCCCAGCGCCAGUGGUGACGAAGGAGCUACGGAAAAGUCGGAUAACAACUCUUCGUCAAAGGCCACAUUGACAGGAAUUCCACAAAUCGACUACAUUUGGGAUCCCAAUUUACCGCGCGAGCUCAACGGCUAUAAUCUCUCAAACUAUCCCUUCCUGGUCUCCGUUCCUGACCUGGAGGACAUUGACUUCAAAUGCGACGGCCUUCAUGAUGGUUUCUAUGCGUCCGUGAAGUACGAUUGUCAGCUGUAUCAUCACUGUCUCUUUGGGAUUCGCUACGAUUUCCUGUGUGCCAACUUCACCGCUUUCGACCAAAAAACCUUCAUCUGCCACUUUGUCUCUGAGGUGGAUUGCAAGAACUCGCCCAAGUACUUCCAUAGAAACGAUGCUCUCUAUGAAGCAGCAACAACAACCACACAGAAACCCUCAACGACGACCACCACCACAACCGCCGCUCCUCCUCCACAGCCAACCUUGGCAGCGCCUAUGAGACCCAGGCCAGGCAGACCCUACAGAAGACCCUACCGAAGACGACGUCCUCAGGUUGACUACUACUAUGAGGACGAGGAUUACGAGGAUGACUAUUACGAGGAGAGAAUUCAUCGACGAAGGAAGCAAAGGCCACGUCCGAGGAGACCCGAAUACGAUGACUACGAAGAUGGGGAUCGAUACGAUCCUCGCCCACCUUACAAUUCAGAGAGAAGCCGCGGCAAAGUUGAAGAUGAUGACUACGAGUAUGACAGAAGAUUUGAACGCCCUCGUUAUCGUCCGCGACACGAAGACACUCGUCGUCCUGCCUAUGAUGAUCGCCGUGGAUAUUCCGAACGACGCAAUCCUGACGAAAGACGCUACAGACCUGAAGAUCGACGAUAUCCAGAAGAAGAACCUAGUCGAAGACCUAUGCAAGAUCGUCGGAAACCACUAGAGCGACGUCCCGAGGGACCGAAACAACUACGUCGUGAAGAAGAGGAGGAGAAGAUCAUCAAAAGACCCAUUCAAGAGGAACCCGCAAAGACAGCUGAGGAGACAGGAAAGAUCCGACCAAGUGGUGGAAGUGGCAGCAAUCCUCUUCUCUUUGCACCGCGAACACCUCCUAAAAUACGCCGACCUGUGCCCAUAAAUGAACGAGAAAAGUAUCAAUACAGCACAACGACGAGCACAAAACCACCAGCAGUUCAACCUCCUUCGGAGGAGUACUACGACGAUGAGUAUGAAGAUGAACCUCCAGCGGAAACUAUGCCUCCGGCUAAGAUCCCAAAAGAGGAGACAACCGAAAAACGCUUCCAGCCACCACCACCAGCAAUCCCUGAAAGAGUGGAGAGCAGACGACCAGAACGACCAGAACCAAUUCGGGAGAAGGAGCAAGCAGUUCAGCAACAAAGAAGACCACAAGAGUACGAGUACUAUGGAGAUGAGUAUGACGAGCGACCGAAGAGCACAUUUAAGAAACCUGGAGUGGUUCUGAGAACAACUUCAACUACAACUCCAGCACCACCUCCACCAACUCGCCAGCCAAUCAAACUACCGGAGGAGCAGGAAGAAUCUGAAGAAGAGAGGCCUAGAUUCACCUCAGACAGAUUUAGUAGUCGUAUUCCUUCUGGGAGCUUUUCUUUCGGCACUCUGCGUCAGAGGGGCAAAGAAGAAGCGCCUGAACAAAUAGAGACCCCGUUCCGAUCCACCCACAGGCCAGUGCAACCACUGCAGCAUACAGUUGAAGAGAUUCCUGAGGAACCGCAGUACCAUCAAGAGGACACUUAUGAGGAGAGGCCUAGACAUCCGCCACCACAACAACAUCCCAUCCAGGAAGAUCCCAGCGGUCGAGAACCACCACGCCCCAUGGUGAGAGUGGUGAAGAGACCUUUCUUGCCCAGUCGUGGCGGAAAUCCAGUCCUGCCCCGCGGACUUCAGCCUGUUGGCAUUAACUCCAAAGAGGUCGUCACGGAGAGUAGCAUUCCCGUGGACUUGGGCUCCACGGUGUCUGGCGUGCGCAUGCUGGAACACAGUCCGCCGGUGCUGAGGUAUCCGCAGGAGUACCACCAACCCCCGCCUGCCCCACACACACCCCAGAAGUUCGCCUACAGCGGCCCCCGGACAACGCAAGCGCCCCAGGUUGAUGUGCCCAAGAGUACCCUCGAGGAGAUCUACAACAGCGACUAUGACGUCACCCUGAAUGACGCCCUCAACCCAACACUGAAGCCCAUUGCGCCUAGUCGUGCCCCCGCCCUGGGAUUCUCCAUCUCGGCCCCGGCCAAGCUGCUGGAGCGCAGCCGGUACAGCCUGCCCUACACUGCCGCCGGAGAUGUGCAUUACUCACAGUCGCAGCUCAGGCCCGCCGUUCAGCUGCCGACCGCCAUCCGGCGCCACGCGCCGCCCUACGCCGACCAACGACCACCCGUGCCCCUCUACGAGCUGGACUACUGAGGGGCUGACCUGUGCGCGCGCGACCUAGCAUUAAGGCUUGUACAUAAUUUAACUCAAAAACAACACAAGUUAUACUCAAUAACACUCCAAUGGUGAUAACUAUGUAACGAUAGAGAUGAUUAAA